GGGGUGCACUGCGAUAUUAUCGACAUAUCCGUUAGCCAAUAGAUGCCGAAACUUGUUCCUCCGGAGCCAAUUCCCUGUGGUGAGGGCGGGCCCACCGGCGGGUAGGUUCUUGCAGCCAGUGGGCGUCCCUGCGGCCAGCGGCUUCGGCCCCGCCCCCGGCCCGGCUCCUGGGUUGGGGUCCCGGGUCCCCAGAGAGGUGAGUUGGCUGCAAGUGGGCCUGCUGCAUUGAGCCACUUGGGACUCUAGCGUCGCAGGCGUCUGCCAGAGCUUGGCACCUGCCGCGCUUCAGAACUGCGCGCCCGAUUGCCACAGCUGCGCCAGGCCGAAGCCGGCUGGGCCUGCGGGCGUCGCUGCAGCGUGCACUCGCGACCCCCCAGCACUGGGUUGUGUGUAUUCCACCGAAAUGCCCGAGGUCGAUGUCAGCCAGGAUCCGGGAGAGUUAGUGCAAGCUACCUGCAAGACAGCUUGAACUUUUCCUGGGGAGUUCUCUGCCAGCCCGUUAGAUCAGACUGCUCAUUUCCUGUGAAAUUGCGUGUGCUUAUUACCAAAAUAAACGGAAUAUUUUCCCCAGCUCACUUUUAGAAUUUUAGGUCUUUUCUCUUUUGCAAGACAGUUUUGUUUUAACUGACGGAAAAACAAACUCCUCCUACGCCCAGAGCUUGUUGUCAGAGUUUGGGGGUAAAGACUAGCAAGUGAGAAGGCCCUGUCUCUGUAGCCAUCCUAAUAUCCCCAGAGGAGCUUCGAUUCUCCCACCUUUCUAGCAUUCAAAGAAAAUUCUCCGAGGUCAUGAUCCCGAAGCCUUGACCAGUUUCCAAAAAGAGAGAAAUUUGUUUCCUGAGCUCCCAAAAUGGCAGCGAAAAUGGAGAUAACUUUGAGCUCCCACAAUCAGGCUUCCUCCAAACAAGAGAGACACAUAAUAACAAAGCUAGAAGAGAAACACGAGCUCACUCUGUCAAAAAACUGCCCGGAUCCUGAACUCUCGCGCCAGAGCUUCAGACAGUUUUGUUAUCAAGAGGUGUCUGGACCCCAAGAGGCGCUCUCUCGGCUUCGACAGCUCUGCCGCCAGUGGCUGCAGCCCGAGCUGCACACCAAGGAGCAAAUUUUGGAGCUCCUGGUGAUGGAGCAGUUUCUGAUCAUCCUGCCCCCGGAGAUCCAGGCUCGGGUCAGGCAUCGAUGUCCAGUGAGCAGCAAGGAGAUUGUGACCCUGGUGGAAGAUUUUCACAGAGCAUCCAAGAAACCAAAGCAGUGGGUGGCCGUGUGUAUGCAGGGGCAGAAGGUGCUGUUGGAGAAAACUGGAUCUCAGCUUGGAGAACAGGAACUGCCAGACUUUCAACUACAAACUCCUAGGCGAGAUCUCAGGGAGAGCUCUCUGGAGGAAUCUUCCCAGGAAGAAUCUCAUGAUCAGCUGAGCCCUCAACACUGGGAGAAAUCCCAACUCUUCCAGGAACCAGCGCCCAAGUUGACUGGGACAGAGGCCCCCAGAAUAAGAAGUGACAACAAGGAAAAUCCACAGCAGGAAGGGGCCACAGGAGCAAAGCCAUGUGCAGUGCCAGCUGGCAGAGCCAAAGGGAAUGGUCUUCAGAGCCCAGAAGCAAAAGGGGAAAACAUGUGUGACCCCCAGUUGCCACGGAGGCAGGUCAGUCCCCCAAAUGCUCAGAAGCCAUUUACUCACUACCAGAGACCUUGCAGGGAACUGGAAUACACCAGCAGCUCCCCCAAAGGCCACCCUCUGAGAGGGCUGAGGAGAAGCAAAGUGGGGAAAAGAGGUCUGAGCAGUCGUUUGCAGCGGCUGGGUCACCAGGCCACCCGCUCUGCCAAGAAACCGUACAAGUGUGAUGACUGUGGGAAAAGCUUCACGUGGAAUUCAGAACUGAAACGACACAAAAGGGUACACACAGGAGAACGACCCUACACCUGUGGGGAGUGUGGGAACUGCUUCGGGCGGCAGUCCACCUUAAAGCUGCAUCAGAGGAUCCACACUGGUGAGAAGCCAUACCAGUGCAGCCAGUGUGGGAAAAGCUUUCGCCAGAGCUCAAAUCUUCAUCAGCACCACAGGCUUCACCAUGGGGACUGAAGGCAUCACAUGCUCUACAUUCACAGGGAAAGGCUUUGUGUUUCUCCUCCUACUUGCAUGUAAAUCACAGACUGAUUGGUGACUUGCAAGGAGAGCAAGCAGCCCUUGAGGGGUGAUGGUGCACAUGUGGCUGGUGAGGGGCCCUAUGAUAGGCUAGCCAGGGCCCAGUAGCAUAUGGUGACAGGGUUCAAAAAUGUCAAGUCUGGGUGUUGGGACAAAAAACCCUGCAGGCUCUGCAAGAGGUGGGAGUGACUACUGGGAAAAUCAGGAUGACCCAGCAGGUAGCACAUUCCUGUUACCCGUCUGUUGCUUUAUUUAUCCUCUAAAAUAUGUUGAAGCAUAUAGAGUUAUGCAUUCCUGUCAUUCCACACAAAUGUCUGAUAUGUGCUUACUUCAACAUUUUACCAUAACUAAAAGUCAGUAUUCAUUGGAAAACAAUGUGGUAGCAUGUGCCUAUAAUUCUACCACUUGGGAGGCUGAAGCAGGAGAAUCACUAUGAAUUUGAGGCCAGCCUAGGCUACGUAUUGAGUUCAAGACCAGCCUGAAUCACAUAGUGAGACCCUGUUUAAAAAAACUAAACAACUACCACAACAAAAUCAUGAAAAAAUAAAUUAUUUUUCUAGUUCUUUGAUCUGUAUAACAAAGGACAAAUCAAGUGAGAAUAUACACACAUUGGUAUGAGGAGAGGUUACUAAAUAAGUAGACAGUUCUUUUUUUUUUUUUUCUUUUUGGUGCCAGGGAUCAAACUCAUGACCUUGUGUUUGCCAAGCAGGCACUUAAGUCGCAGAGCUAAACCCCUGGCCAAAGACAGUUCUUUUAUGCAAAAGACAAAAAAAGUGCCAGGCAUCAUGCCACACACUUGUAAUCUGAACUGUAUGGGAGGCUGAGGCAGGAGGAUUACAAAUUGAAGGCAACCUGCGUAAAUUAGCAAAACCUUGUCUUAAAAAAAAUUUAAAAAUGGCUGUGGAUAGCACAUUAGUAGCACAGCCCUGGAUUUGAUCCUUAGUAUCAGAGAGAAAAAACAAAUUGCGUUUGAGGGAGCUUUUUAUAUCAAAACACCUUUCAAUUUGUAAUCAGAAAAUCCAUAUACUACCAGAACCCAGGUACAAAACAAGGAAAAGCCACAGCAAGAAAUAGUAGUGGGUAAAGGCUGCCCCAGGGAGAUAAAGAGAAUUGUACCAGCUCUCCAUUCUUUCCUAGACCUUUAACUUCAAGUGUAACAUGCUAACAGUGUUUUAACAGUGAUUACAGGGUUGGACGCACAGCUUGAUGCUACUAAAAAUCAUUGAAAUGGGUUAAUUUUAUAAUAUGUAAAGUAUUCCUCAAAAAAGCAUCUUUUUAAAGUAACUGAAUGUGUUUAUAUAACACAUCAGAGCCCCAGACCUAGGCCUGGGAGAUCAUGUAAUUCUACCCACCUCAUUUCUCAAGGUAGGAAUUGAGACCUGAUCAGUAAGAUAACCUGGGCAAGCUGGGCCAUUUGCAAGGUUAGGGGAAAUUUCCAGACAUUGGUGCACUCCUCAUGCAUAAAUAAGAGCAGAAAGCAUUCUUGCUAAACACCUGUAUUAUCCAGUCUCUGCCAGUCACCUCACAACUGCACCCUGUCGCUUUGGCCCCCCAGAUCCACAUACUCCUAACUGCCAAGCGAUGAGUGCACACACGGCCUUGGCACACAUUCUUCCCUUUGUCUUUGGUUGCUGCCGGUCUCUACUCUGCCCUCCUCCAUCCGUCUUAUCAGAGCUGCUUGCGUAAAGAUCUAAGCUAACUUGUACUGCAAUCGUGGCUCAGUGUCCCUUCGAGAGAUGCUCAGUCUGGCAGUGAUCUUGCCCCCAGGGGACAUCUGGCAAUGCCCAGGAACCUUUGGGUUGUUAAAGACUUAAGGGAAGUAGGGUUGCUCCUGGCCUCUGCUGGAUGAUGCAAAAGGUCCUCUAGUCCCCAGGACAGCACCCACAGCACUCAUCUGGCCUGUUGUAUCAGUGGUGUCAGAGUUGGGGAACUCUCACACUCUUAGCUGUUCUUCUAGGACUCUGUUUUAGGUCAUUUUAGCUUUUGGACUUGGCCCAUGCCCCAAGAGAGAAAUAACUAUUUGGGCGUUGAAUAGUUGAGGCCUUGACCUCAGGCCACUGCUGCAUUGAAUUAUAGAUCCCAGUGAGUCUCUGAGAGUCAUAGAUAGCCUCUCUCUUCUGGGCAGAGGCUUACUGAGAGUUCACUGGCCUUCUUCCUAGCGUUUGGUAUCCCUGGAGGGCCUAAACAAAGGUCUACGUUCCACUUACUAUGAUAAUUCCUGGGCAAAUUUUAUCUUCAGUAUUCAGCCUGCCCCUCACCUCACUCCAGCCUUCAGCCUGACACUGUAUCAAAGCCUAUUUCUCACUGUUCCCCCUCACCCUUCCCAUUUCGUCCAGGCAAAUUUCAUUGUCAUCUCUGAAUAACUCCUGAGCCUUGGUCACAUCAUGCUGUGACAAAUGAGUUGAAACAACACAAACAUCUCUUACAGUUCCAGAGGUCACAGAGCCGAAAUCAAGCUGGGACAGGGCCAUUUCCUUCUGGAGGCUCUAAGAGAUGAAUCUGAUUCUUUGAUUUCUUUUUUCAGCUUCUAGUAGCGACCCACACUGUUUUCCUUGUGGGCCCUUCCAUCUUCAAAGUAUAUGCUUCUGCUUUUCUGUCUUGUCACCUUCUCUGACACUGGCUCGGCUGCCUCCUCCUUCAAGGGUUGUUACGAAUAUGUUGGGCACCUGAGGAUAAUCGUCCCCAUCCAAAGACACUUAAUAACAUCUGCAAAGAUCCUUUGGCCAUAUAAGGUAACAUUUGCAGGUUUCAGGGAUUACAAUGUGGAUGUAUGUGGAGGUCAUGAUUCAUCCUACCACACAUCUAUCAUGAGUCAGUUUAGUCAAAGAGAAUUCCCUGCAGAAGAAACAGUAGUUCCACUUCACUUCACUUACAAGGGUUAGCAAAGAGCCUCCCUGCAUCCCACUCUCUCUCCUUCUGUCCCUUCCUCUCCUUUCUGGUGAUACUGGAGAUUGAACCCAGGGCAUUUGCUCUGAGCUAUAUCUCCACCCCUUUUAAAAUUUCAUUCCCUCCCUUCACACUACCAGAUCAAUAAUAGUCUAAUCUUAGUGGCUUUGGUACCUGUUCAGCUGUGGACUUUGAAAAAGUAUGACAGAUCACUUCUGUGAACAACAUUGCUUUCCAAAAGGUGUGAGUUUUAUGAUGCUGCCUUGCCUUUACAGCCUGGUUUUGCAAACACCUCACCUCCACCGAAGGGUCUCUAUGGUCUAGAAGGAGGUCCUUGGAUACUAUAUUCAGUAGUAGGGUUCCCCUAGCCUCCUUGCCUGUGUAGGUCCUUCAAAGCCUCAGCAUGACCUGUUAGCUUGCAUGAGCCUCUGUUUGCAACAUCCCAAGGUAAAGAAAAGAGCUUUUCUUCCUUUGUGUAUAGCUCUUGCCUGUAGAGCAGCCCCUAGAUUCUCCUAUUUUUUCCAGGCCCGCCUGACACUUCUCUCUGUUGAGGCAGAGGAGUUUGUGCUCAGGAUAUUUGGCCACUGGUUUUCCGCAGGGAGAUGGAUGGAGCCAGGAGGCACCAGCAAAGAGUUGGGGAUCUGUACAUCAUAGAUCUCUCUGAAGAGCAUUUUCCACCUACAACAAAUGAAUUAAACUCAUACCAUAAUUCUAUUCUCAUUCCCAACAAAAUUAACAGUGAACUCCUGAUAGCACAACAGAUAUUGUUGAAAUCUCCCUACAUUGUUUAUAAAACAAAAAUACUAUUUUUAAUCAUUUCAUUGAGAUAUUUUGCAACUAGGGAAAUUCAUGUGUUGCUGGGUGUGGUGGCAUACACACUAUAAUCCCAGCAUUUGGGAGGCUGAAGCAGGAGUAUCACCACAAGUUCAAGGCCAGCCUGGGUUAUAUUGUGAGUUCAAGGCUAGCCUGAACUACAUAGCAAGACCCUGUCUCAACCAAAAAACCAAAAUCUAUGUGUUUAUUACAUGUACAGUUCCGUAAUUACAAAAUGGUGCAGUCACAGACUGUGCAAGCAAGUAUCACCACAGUCUAAUUUUAGAAUAUUUUUAGGGCCAGAGAGGAGUACCUUAGCUAUGAGUAGUUGUUUCUCCACUGAACCUUCCUUAAUCCACCUACUGAGCAUGGUAUCUUCAAAAUCCAUUCAUGUUGUUAUCAUGUGUAAGGACUAUUCUUUUUAUUGCCAAACAAUACUCAAUUGUACAAGUGGACAUUUUGUUUACCUCUUCAUCCAUGGUGGACAUUUCAACCGCUUUAGCUUUUUAGCUAUUGUGAAUACUGUGAAUACUGAUGUACAAGUUUUUAUAUUUUCAUUUAUCUUGGGUAUAUACAAUACCUAGAGGUAUACUUGCUGGGGCCAUAUGUUAAUUUUAAUUUUUCUAAGAAAUACUAAAUUGUUUUCCAAAGUGGCUGCACCAUUUGGAAUAUUAGAGUUAUAAUUUCUCUAUAUCAUCACAACACUUGCUAUUGUCUGUCUUUUUUAUUGUUGUUCUCUAGGGAAAAGGAAAUGGUAGCUUGUGAUUCUGAUUUUCAUUUCCCUAAUGACAGUGGUGUUUGGCUUCUUUUCAUGUGUUCACUGAUUAUUUGUGUACCUAUUUUGAAGAAGUGGCUAUUUAGCUACGCAUGGUAGCACACAUCUGUAAUCCCAGCACUUGGGAGGCUGAGCCAAGAGGAUCGCCACAAGUUUGAGGUCAACCUGGGCCACCCACGGAGUUCAAGUCCAGCCUAACUACAUAGCAAGAGCCUGUCUCAAAAAACAAAACUAACAAAAAAGUAACUAUUCAAAACCUCUUCCCAUUUUUAAAUUUAUUUAUUUAUUUAUUUAGGUACUAGAAAUCAAACUCAGGACUUUGUACUUGCCAGGAAGGCACUGUACCACUGAGCUAUAUCCCCAGCCCUCCUUCCCAUUUUUAGAUUGGAUUAUUUGUCAUAUUUAUUUUGUUGUUGUUGUUGUUUGAGACAAGGUCCUGCUAUGUAGUCCAGGCUGGCCUUGAACUCACUGUGUGGCCCAGAAUGACCUCAGACUUGGAGCAAUCCUCUUGCCUCAGCUUCCCAAGUACUGGGAUUACAGGCAUGUGCCAUCACACCCAGGAGAUUAUUUUCUUUAUUGUUCAGUUGUAAGAAUUCUUUGAGUAUUCUGGAAUCAAGUUCUUGUUAUAUAUGAUUACAAAUACUUUCUCUCAUUCUAUUGUAAUUACUUUUGUACAUUGCAGUACAUAUCUUUAAAACAGCUGUCAUCUUUCAAAAUACAAAACUGACUCUAAAUUGUCACAACUCCUGAGUUGUCCAUGACACAGCACGACACUAGUUAGAGCAGUUCCUGGCAGUCUUUCAGGUCAUAUCAUUGUCACAAGCCACUCACAAUGUCAAUCAUGUACACCUAAACUUUUUAAUGGAAAUUUUAAAAUUUCUUUUCUGCUGUUUAUGCUUUUGAAUAAACAUUUUUGUAACCAAUAAAAUAUUUAUUACCUAAUAAGCAA